AGAAGGUCGUCCGACGGCUGAGGUCUGAGCUACAGUCCUGAUCUGCGGACACUUCUGGACCCUCAACCCCUUGGAUCUCUCUUCCUGAAAGGGUGUCCUGCUCUCCAGGUUUCCAGAGCCAGCUUCGAAGAGUUCAACAGCAGGAUGUCAGGUGUGCAUUCUCAGGAGCCAGACUGCUCUGGGAUGGAAGCCGGAGGCCUCGUGAAAGCAGAUGGCCCUGUGAAACCAGGCCAGCCCUCGAAACCCUUUGCUGUGGUGAAACCUAUGAGAUGUGUGACCCCGGCUUUCACACCUGACCUCGGAGACGGAGACCAAGGCCAUCGUGAAGGAAGGGGAACAGACCUUCACCGAGACCCUGGCCUCCAAGGGAGGCGGAGACGCAUGCUGAGACCAGGUCUGCGUGUGGAGUCGGACCGCCGCGAUGAGCCCAGACACCACGUGGAAUCAGAAGCCGCGCAGACCCCAUCCCUCCCUUCUACUGGGGCAGCGAUGGUGCGACUUACAGCACAGCCUGGGGCGGGAGUCCAGGCGCUGCCCGAUGCGUCUGGGUAUUGGGUCCUCACCGAUGCCCCAACUUCUGGCGUCUAUCCCUGCUUGGGGUUCAGACCCUUGGAGGGCUCAACUUUGUUCUUCACGCAGACCCCCUCUGGUACCUUUGUGUACGGGGUCCCAGAAUUUUUUACCCACAUUGCGCAGUGACCUCCGUCACUUGCCGCCAGAGUCUGUCUGAGCUGGGUGUUAUUCCCAGGCCAAAGUCAAGUCCCCAUGUGUCCCCACUCAACCCUCCCCCUGCCUUAUGUUGUGCAGACUGCACCUGUAAGUUUCCUCCCAGGAUCCCGGCAGGGUCACACGCCCGCCCCCCUGUUGUCUCCUCCUUUUGUUUUAUCAAAGAUGCGUAUGAAUUUAGUCCCUCAGUGCUUACUGAAAUAAAUCCGCAAUCUCCUCUUGUCCUCUUCUGUCUCAGUCUGUUCGGACUGCUAUAAUAAAUAGCACAGUCUGGGUGGUUUAUAAACAACAGACAUUUAUAUCUCCCAGCUCUGGAGGCUGGAAGUCCAGGAUCGCCAGCAGAUUCUUUGUGAGAGCUCACUUUCUAGUUUAUAGAUAGCUGUCUUG